GACUAAUCUGCAGCCAUGUCGCACACUGCCAUUCUGAUGGCAAUGAUACAUUGGCCAGCCGAACGUAGAUGGCACUAUGGCGGCUUUCACGGGCAUGGCGCCUUGUAUGUAGCCUCUAGCAAGGCUAUUACUCCGCCAAAUGUGCUGUUGCAUGACCGUCCUUCCGCAGCUUCAUACGAUCACAACAAGGCUUGUUCUGAGCCCUCGACUGGCAGAUGCACAUGAACUCC